GAAUUCAGGCCAGGUGACUGCAAUACAAUAAUAAGCGCUGAACUGGGUAGUCCAGCACAAAUGAAUGGGUUUAUAUAUUGGGGGAUUUGCAUGCAUUUGAUCUUACCUAUUCUCAGGAAUUGGCAUAAUGACACUUGAGGCAAGGUCUGAGGGCACUGAGUACAUAAGGAUGGUACUGUAUUACUUAUGUUAUAAGUAUAAUAGAUUUGUGUCACACUCUGUACAAAACUUAUGUUCCAUUAUAUAAAACAUAUAUUGAGGGGGAAAAAAAAGUCUUGCAGCUCUAUUGCUUGUAACAUGAUGAUCCACAUUCUUCAGGUACUGUAUUUCAUGAACUUCCCUCCAGCAAUGCACCCAUGAAGCAGGACAGUGGUUUGUGAUUUCAGCAAUACCUUACCCACCGCACGUCACUGCCUUAUAGUAAAGUGAGAAUUGUUUAAUUCUUCUAAAAUGAUUGGUGACCACUAUUGGCCUGUGACUGUUCACUUAUUGGAGAUAUGACAAAAAUGUAAGUGUUUUGACCCACGUAAACUCUUAAAAAGUUUAAGGAAUUUGCAGGUUACUCCCUUUUCCACACCUCCGCCUCUCAGGGGAGUGAGUCACAAUCUGUGAGGGAGAAGUCUCUUCUCCCUUUCCUUCAGUCACUGAAGUCUGCCUGUACCCACACAGCAGGUGACUACUGUACCCAGCCGAACAGUACACCUUUCCUGUUCACUUUCCCAAGAAACUACUGAACAAGAUGUCUACCUUCAGCUAUAAUAACUCUGGAAAUGACUCAAAAAGUAACACCCUGGGAUCGGUAAACAGGCAGAAUGUCAUACAGGAGACAAACAAGAAGAGAACUUUGCUGAAGGACAGUAGUUGGAUAAAGACACAACCUGAGGAUGAAGCUGUGAAGAUUAAAGAUGAAAACUAUGGGAAAAAUGUCCUAAGCAAAUACAAAUCACAAGAUAACCUGGACAGGGACAAUGAUAAAGACGACAGCAAGCCCAUACACAACAGAUUCAAGUCCGAUGAUGCUUUAGACAGAAUUUCACUGAGAAAUACACCUGAAAGAGGAAAUAAAUCUGCAACACUGGAAAGAAUGCCCAUGAGUGAAACAGAUACCACCAACAAAAGUAGACAAUCCUGGGCUCCUAGUAACAAGACAACAAUGACCACAACAACUACAGAUGAAUCAAAAAGUGAAACAGAUACCACCAACAAAAGUAGACAAUCCUGGGCUCCUAGUAACAAGACAACAAUGACCACAACAACUACAGAUGAAUCAAAAAGAAAAUCUUGGGGUCCAACAAGCAGGAACAUCGCCACUACCACCACAACAACUGAAAAUAAGCAGGCUGUUCCAGGCAUACCAGAAGGACAAAAAAUCACCAUUUACUCGUCGGAUACCAGGACCACAGAUAAGCCAACCAGAACCAACUUCAUUGAUAGUGCAAGAUCCAGAUUUGAAAAAAUGGACACAAAGCCUAGCCCACCCACUUCUCCAAUAGCCAAGAGCGACACCAGAGUUCCAAUUGUUGAUGAAAAACCAAAGCUGCCACCGCGGUCACCUAUUUCCAAAACUGAUGACCGGGCUUCAUACUCUACUAAGCCGGCUAUUCCAGACACUGGAGACAGAAGAAGUGCAAUGGAAAGAAAGCAGAGAAGUCAAGACUUUGAUAAUCUCAUUGGAGUUUCCAGCUCCAGAACUGUAAGCAGCAGAGGAACUCAAGAUGUUGACAACCUUAUUGACAUCAAACCUACAGCAGACAGAGGCAAGAAAAGAGACCAGUUUGAUGAUGUUAUUGAAAUAUCAAACACUGCAAAGAACGCUCCUAAAAGAGACCAGUUUGAUGGUGUUAUUGAAACAUCAAAUACUGGAAAGAAUGCUCCUAAAAGAGAUCAGUUUGAUGGUGUUAUGGAAAUAUCAAACACUGGAAAGAAUGCUCCUAAAAGAGAUCAGUUUGAUGGUGUUGUUGAAAUAUCAAACACUGGAAAGAAUGCUCCUAAAAGAGAUCAGUUUGAUGGUGUUGUUGAAAUAUCAAACACUGGAAAGAAUGCUCCUAAAAGAGACCAGUUUGAUGAUCUUAUUGAAAUAUCAAACACUGGAAAGAACGCUCCUAAAAGGGACGGUGAUCUGGGAAACUUGAUUGAAAUUAAAAAGUCUGAAAUUAAAACCAGGGAUGGAGAUUUGAACAAACUGAUUGACAUUAAAAAGCCUGACAUUAAAAACAGAAGUCAAAAUCUUGAUGACCUCAUAGAUGUUAAAACUACUACAACUAGCGAAAAUAAGGGAAGUCAAAACCUGGAUGAUCUUAUUGCCAUAUCAGGAGAUGGAAACAGAGGGGCAAAUAAGCCUGCAAGUAGUAACAGUAAUAUGACAAGUAAUAGUUCUACCACAACAACUACUUACACUGAUAACUCCCAGGAUGCACCAAGUAGGCGUUCCACCACCACAACAACCUAUAAAGGAACAAAUGACUCCCAGGAUGCACCAAGCAGACGUUCAAACACCACAACAUACAACGUUACUGAUAACUCCCAGGAUGCAUCUACCAGACGUUCUACCACAACAACAACCUACAACGUUACAGAUAACUCCCAGGAUGCACCUAACAGGCGUUCAAACACCACAACAUACAACGUCACUGAUCGCUCCCAGGAUGCACCAAGCAGGCGAUCCACCACUACAACAACCUACAAUGUUACUGAUCACUCCCAGGAUGCACCAAGCGGGCGUUCCACCACUACAACAACCUACAAUGUUACUGAUCACUCCCAGGAUGCACCAAGCGGGCGUUCUACCACCACAACAACUUACAACGUUAGUGGUAACUCUGAGGAUGCACCUGGCAGGCGUUCCACCACUACAUCCACCUACAAAGAAAACAUCUCUGAUACUCCAACUCGUCGCUCUGCCAAAACUUACGAGGACACCACCGAGGGACAAAACUCUCGUUCAAAUGUGACCCUCACUCAAGAGACACGUUACAACUCUCUUCCCUCUGUCAGUAGGACAGGAUAUUCUGAUACAUACGGACAGAACAUCCCAUCAAAUUCUAUCAAAACGGUUUAUUCCACCUCUGAUCGAUUUGGCAUUGAAAAAGAUAUGUGUACUUACUGCCGCAAACCACUAGGCAUUGAUGCCAAAAUGAUCCUGAAAGACAUGAACAUCUGUUGUCAUGCAACAUGCUUCAAGUGUGAAGCGUGUUCUGAUCCUUUGGGAAAUCUAAAAGCUGGAGACAGUAUGUGGAUCUAUAAGCAGACUAUCCAUUGUGAGCCUUGCUAUUUUUCUGCAAGAGAGAAAUGGAUCAUUUAAGUGCAAGAUCUUAAAAUCGUACGGACGAGAUAAAAUAUAUUGUGUAUUGUUUAUUAAUAUAUACCUUUUAUUGCUUAACUGAAACAUAUUGGGGAUACAUUACGUCAUGCCUUUUUAAUUAGUUGGACUUUCCUACAUAAACAUGUAGGCCUUUUACUUGUAUUUCACAUAAAACAUUUAUUAUAAUACAUAGUAUAUUACUUUUAAGCAGUGCUAUAGUAUAUCCAGAACAUAAUCUUAUCUUAUCAUUUGAAUGACACAAUAAAAUUACCUUUUUUGUAACAAAGAACAUUGAGAUGGGAUUAGUAUGGUUUGCAUAAAUGACAUAAUACUAAACAAAUACAGUUGAAAUAAAAAAAAGGAAGCUUACAGCAAUAUAAGGAAAUGUAAGAUACGUUAUAAACAUUUACUUCUUUAGGCCUUUAGGUAGGACUCAUGUUUUAGCACUGGAUAUCUGUAAUUAACAAUGUUUAUUUUUCCCGAAUGGUGAUUAGUAGUUAUCGAUUACUAUAAUUCUUUAUGUAUUUAGCAUCCUAUAAUAUCAAAAUUAUUUAGGGCAGUGGUUCUCAAACUGUGUGCCAUGGCACCCUGGGGUGCCUCGGGGUACUUGCGGGUGCCCUGGGUUGGUGGGCCAGGACCAAUUCAAAUUAGUUAUGGACAAUGUAAUAGACAAAACCGGUGCUGGUGGCUGACAAUCAUAAACUAUGUGGACAAACGGAAGUGAAUCCUGACCCUCACCACAUAACUGAUCCUAAGGAUGACAUAUAAACACAAUUUACUUAAUUUUAUAUUUUUGUCUGAAUUUGUCAAUAAGAUUCUUUUGGCCUAUGGGUGCCGUGAAAAAAAUUAUGACACUCUAGGGCGCCGUGACUCAAAAAAGUUUGGGAACCACUGAUUUAGGGUCUUGUUACUUUAUUUAGCCUUAAUUUCACAUUUUAUGUUUGUCGUUUUUUUACUACUGCUACUGUACAUUACUUACUACUUAGUGAAUAUAUUUCAGAAUGUAUUGGUAAAUCCCAUACUGUAGGUAUAUUAUCCUGACAUUCCAUGUCACUCACUGGCUUUCUUAUGACCCACUUAUAUUACCACAAAUAAGUGUACUUGAUAUACAGUAUGAUGUGUACUUUGUAACACUUAUAGAACUGUUUUUACUUAUUUGCAGUUCAGAUCAUCUUUUCAUGAUAAAGUUGUACUGUUCCAUAUCCUUCUAUUUUCCUAAUGUAUUUGUUUAUGGUUCCACUUCUAACUAUUUUAUUAUACAUUAAAUGUGAAAUAUGGGAACAAUUAAA